AUGAAGGCCUGGUUGGUAACCGUUGCGGCUCUGGCCUCCACGGCCGUCGCCUCUGUGUCCUCCGCCCGUAGCUCGACCCAGAGCCAGUGCCGCUGCUUGCCUGGAGAUGGCUGCUGGCCUGCUACACAUGCCUGGGCGUCGCUGAACAGCACUGUUGGUGGUCGUCUGGUGGCCACCGUCCCCAUUGGCAGCGUCUGCCACGAUCCCAACUACGAUGCUGCUGCUUGCACGGCUCUGCAGAACUCCUGGACGGAGCCUCAGCCUCACCUGGAGUCCUCCUCCUCGGUGAUGCAGAUGUUCUUUGCCAACCAGAGCUGCGAUCCCUUCUCUGCAGAGAGCAAAGCGUGCCAGCUCGGCAACUUCCCUGACUACGCCGUCAACGUUUCGUGUAGCUCGGACGUUGUGGCUGCUGUUAACUUUGCCCGUGACAACAACAUUCGCUUUGUCAUUAAGAACACUGGUCAUGACUACCUGGGUCGUUCGACCGGUGCCGGUGCUCUCUCUGUCUGGACCCACCACCUCACUGCCAUUGACUACACCGAAUGGUCGGACUCUUACUAUCAGGGUCCCGCCUUCAAGAUCGGUGCUGGUGUCCUGGGCUACCAGAUCCUUGAGGCUGCUGCCGCCAAGGGUCUUGUUGUCGUUACUGGUGAAUGCCCUACCGUUGGUCUUGCUGGUGGUUACACCCAGGGUGGUGGUCACUCUGCCCUGAGCACCGAGUUCGGUCUUGGUGCCGACCAGACUCUGCAGUUUGAGGUUGUCACUGCUGCCGGCAAGCUCGUUACUGCUUCACGCUCCCAGAACUCCGAUCUGUACUGGGCUCUCAGCGGUGGUGGUGCCGGUAACUAUGGUGUUGUCGUGUCGAUGACCGUCAAGGCUCACCAGGAUGCCACCAUCUCCGGUGCUGCUCUUGAGUUCACUGCUGCCGACAUCACCACUGACACCUUCUACGAGGCCGUCGCUCAAUUCCAUCAGCUGCUGCCAGCCAUGAUCGACCAGGGUGUGACUGUCAUCUACGAGAUGACUAGCAGCGUCUUCAUCAUCAACCCCGUCACUGCCUACAACAAGACCUCCGCUGAUGUGAAGGCUAUCCUGACCCCCUUCACCAACGCUCUCACCAACCUUGGCAUCACCUACGAAUUGGGCCUGACCCAGUACACUUCGUAUUACGACCACUACAACAAGUACAUGGGCCCCCUGCCUUGGGGUAACCUGGCCGUUACUACUUACCAGUACGGUGGCCGUCUGAUUCCCCGCAACACCCUGGAGAACAACUACGAGGGCAUGAGCUCCGCUCUGCGGAACCUGACUCAGUCCGGCGUGAUCGCCGUCGGUGUCGGCAUGAACGUCACCAACUCCGGCAACGUCAACAACGCCGUCUUCCCCGCCCUCCGGAACGCCGCUGUGACCAUGCAGAUCGGCACCGCCUGGAACGAGACUGCCCCCUGGGCCGACAUGAUCGCCGAUCAGUGGAAGAUCACCAACGACUACGUCCCCCAGCUGGAGGCCGUUACCCCCAACAGCGGCUGCUACCAGAACGAGGGCGACUUCCGCCAGCUCAACUGGCAGGAUACCUUCUUCGGAAGCAACUACAGCCCUCUGCUCACUGUGAAGAACAAGUGGGACCCCAACUAUUUCUUCUAUGCCCUGAAGGCCGUUGGCAGUGAUGCCUGGACUGUAUCCGACUCUGGCCGUAUGUGCCGUGCUUAA